AUUGCGUGUGGUGCCCUCCCUCUUUUGGGCUGGAGUACCAUGAUGCCGCUGGAGUCACUCAAACCCCCAGAACUGAGCCUCUACUUUAAUAAAUCCUCUUUGAUCUCUGCUAUCCAGCUCUAUCCUCUUUGACUUUUACUUUAGUUUAUCCUCUUCACUUGCAGAUUGCUGAUUUUUUUAUUUGAUUGUGAUGGGGAGAACUGACCGGGGGCCCUAACCUAGGUCCUAGAAUUACUGAGGACGACUGACAGUCUCUGAAAUUUCAAGGGUUGGGGUUUUUAUGUGGCUCAGAGCAUUUCAUGAAGUUGAAUGUGUUUAAAAUGGUCGAGGAUUCGAGGAAUACUGAUGAAGAGAAUUAUAGGAUUGGUCAGCGUAUUGCUUGUGAUGGUCAUUAUGGCACAAUUUGUUACGUUGGUGCUGUAGACGAUACGGUGGGAAUUUGGUUGGGUAUUGAUUGGGAUAAUCCAGCUCGAGGGAAGCAUAAUGGAACUCAUCACAACAAGGAAUACUUCAAAACACUUCAUCCAACUUCUGGAUCAUUCGUUCGCCCUGGAAAAGUCAAAUCCGGAAUAUCUUGUGUGGAAGCAAUAAAAAAUCGUUAUGGAUACGUAGACGAUGCGUUGGCAGGUGUCGAUAGAGAGAAUAUAUCGAAAUUACGAAAGGAAAUCAACGCCCCAUUUUUGGAGAUGGUGGGAUUCUCCAAGGUAAAUAGAAAGCAGAGUAAUUUCAAUCAGCUGAGUAUAGUAUCGGUUCGAGAAGAGUGUGUCUCGACCUCUGGAGGUCCAGGAAAUCUCGGAGAACUGUUCCCCAAUAUUCAGGAGCUGGAUUUAUCGAAAAAUUUGAUAAACUCGUGGGUUACUGUAGGGGAUAUUUGCUCACAACUCACGAGGUUGGAUCGUCUCGAUCUCAGUGAAAAUGUUAUUCCUACGGACGAAGGGUUGAAUCAUCUCAACGGAGCAUUUUCUAAUGUAACUCAAUUAGCAAUAGCCCACAUGAAUUACACCUGGAGGGACGUUGAAGCCUGCACCCUAGUGUUCCCAGUCCUGAGGACACUUUCAGUGCCAUUCAACAAGGCGAGCAUUCUAGAGACCCCGAUAAAUAAUCCAUACCUUCUCAGACUUCGAACGCUCACCCUCGAGGGAAAUUCGAUAUGCAAUUGGGAUGAGAUCCUGAAGUUGGGUUGUUUGGAUUCCUUAGAGAGCCUGAACGUCAACUCCAACGAAAUCGAAAGGAUAAACUUUCCCUGUGAUUCUGAGGAGGACAAAACAAAGGCCUUCCCAGCACUGAGGCAACUCCUUUUGUCCAGCAAUUUGAUACACCAGUGGAGCUCCAUCACCGAACUGGAAAAACUCCAAAAUCUGUCGGACCUGAAGUUUCGGGAUAAUCCAGUUUUGAAGGCCGAGUCGCCUGAAACUGCUCGGCAAUUGAUAAUCGCAAGAAUCUCAGGACUGAAAGUGUUGAAUUCCACGGAAAUUCCAGUGACGGAGAGACGAGAUGCUGAACACGAUUACAUGAAGCUCUUCGCCAAGGAGUGGUUGCAGUUGUCCGAAAAUUGUGAUACCGCCAGGAGAGAAUUCCUGAGAGCGCAUCCACGAUUUCCAAGAUUAGUCGAACAAUAUGGCGGCCCCGAGAUCAUCAAUUCCAAAGCAGAUGAGAUGAAAUCCGACGUUAUCACAGUGGAAUUCGUUAGUAUGAAUGAAGCAUCUCAAGGGAAAAGUGUGAAGAGAAAAGUCCUGAACGAGAUGGAAGUUCAAAAAUUGACAGGAAUCGCUCAACGACUAUUCAAGAUCGGUGGAAAAAUUCCGAUUCUGUCGUUUGUACAGUCAAAAUUAUCUAAAGAAGAAAUACCUCUGGACAAGCCUCUCCAACAGCUAAAAUACUACUCGAUCCAGAAUGGAGACCGAGUACUGGUGCGGUGGUGACACGUGCUGAUAGGAAUAGCUCCACCCUCUAAAAAAUUAAAUAAAUGAUUAUUUCCACUAGAGAAACUGUCGACGUACUCAUUUUUGCUAGUAUUAUUUUUUUAUUUAAUGAUAAAACAACUGUAUAAAACUAUGAAUCAAUAUUUUGUAUUAAAUACGUUUUUGUAUCACAAAAAAAUUCCGGUGAUUCCAGGUGAUUAA